UGGCUGUUGCGCCUGUCAGUCAAACCGCUUCGUUUCCGGUCUGUGCCGUUGCUAAGUAACAGUAGCUAUCCACUAAAAAGAGAAGCUAGCCAGAUGCUAACGUCUAACAUUUACGAGUUUUAAUCAAGUUUUAACUAAUUAAUCAUCAACAAACUGCUGGUUUGGAGCCAUGACGGCCAUAAAAGACGGAGAGUACACAGCUACGAUCUACAAACUGAUUAAGGACGGACAGUACGUGGAAGCUAUUCACAUCCUGAACGGGCAGCUUCAAAAACACACCAAGUCCAGGGCGGCGUUAUCUCUGCUGGGUUACUGCUACUACCACCUCCAGGAUUUCACCAACUCUGCAGAGUGCUACGAGCAGCUCACCCAGCUGCACCCGGAGGUGGAAGAGUACAAGGUGUACUACGCCCAGUCCCUGUACAAAGCUGGAGCUUAUCCCGAGGCCACCAAGGCCUCCUUCGUGCUCGACAACCCGAGCAGUCACACCAAGAUGGUCAAACUUCAAGCCUGCAUCAAAUACUGUGAGGAGGAUUACUCUGCUGCCAAGUCACUGCUGGAGCAGCUUUCCCAGGACGACCCAGACUACGUCUACAAUAUGGGCUGUUUGCUUUACCAAGAUGGCAAGUACGAGGAGGCCUGUAAGAAGUUCAUGUCCGCCCUGCAAGUGCUGGGAUACGUGCCAGCGCUGUCCUACAACAUUGCCCUGUGUUACUACAACCUGAAGAACUAUCCCCAGGCCCUCAAAUACAUCGGAGAGAUCAUCGAACGAGGCAUCAAGGAACAUCCGGAGCUGAGUAUCGGGAUGACGACUGAGGGCAUCGACAUCCACAGCGUGGGCAACACGCUGGUGCUUCAUCAGACGGCCCUGAUCGAAGCCUUCAACCUCAAAGCUGCCAUCGAGUACCAGCUGAAGAACCUGAAAGGAGCUCAGGAGGCUCUGACAGACAUGCCCCCCAGAUCAGAGGAGGAGCUGGACCCGGUGACGCUCCACAACCAGGCUCUGGUGAAUAUGGACACGAAGCCGUCAGAGGGUUUCGAGAAGCUGGCCUUCCUCCUGCAGCAGCCGUCCUUCCCCCCCGUCACCUUCGGAAACCUGCUGCUGCUCUACUGCAAACACGAGUACUUUGACCUGGCGGCCGACGUCCUGGCAGAGAACGCCCAUCUCACCUACAAAUUCCUCUCCCCGUACAUGUACGAGUUUCUCGAUGCCCUGUUGACCUGCCAGACGGCACCAGAAGAGGCUUUCAGGAAGUUUGAUGAGAUGAACGGCAAACUGACAGAGCAGCUACGCAAGCUGGCCAAGCAGGUUCAGGAUGCCCGGCAGGCUCGAGACGAUGAGGCGCAGAAGAAAGCUCUGCAAGACUACGACCUGAUGCAGGAGAAGUACAUUGUGGUUCUGAUGGCCCAGGCAAAGAUCUACUGGAACCGGGAGAACUUCCAGAUGGUGGAGAAGAUUUUCCGUAAGUCGGUGGAGGUCUGUAACGACGACGACACCUGGAAGCUGAAUGUCGCUCACGUGCUCUUCAUGCAGAACAAGUACAAGGAGGCCAUCGGCUUCUACGAGCCCAUCGUCAAGAAGCACUACGAUAACGUGGAGCAGUGUAACAUUCAGGAGUGUCCCUGCAAGUGCAAACCUUCGAUCCUGAAUGUGAGCGCUGUAGUUCUGGCCAACCUGUGUGUGUCGUACAUCAUGACGAGCCAGAAUGAAGAGGCCGAGGAGCUGAUGAGGAAGAUCGAGAAAGAAGAGGAGCAGAUCUCCUACGACGACCCCGACAAGAAGGUCUUCCACCUCUGCAUUGUUAACCUCGUCAUCGGGACGUUGUACUGCGCAAAGGGAAACUACGACUUCGGCAUCUCUCGUGUCAUCAAGAGCCUCGAGCCGUACAACAAGAAGUUGGGGACGGACACAUGGUUCUACGCCAAGCGCUGUUUCCUGUCUCUGCUGGAGAACAUGUCCAAACACAUGGUCAUGCUGAGGGACGCUGUGGUACAGGAGUGUAUUCAGUUCCUGGAGCACUGCGAGGCGUACGGUAAAGAGGUUCCCGCCAUCAUUGAGCAGCCUCUGGACGAGAUCCACAUCCACAUCGGAAAGAACACCGUCACCUACGAGGCCCGACUGCUCAAGGCGCUGUUCUACGAGGUGAUUGGCUGGAACAAGUGACGUCGUCACACAGGUUAACGUGUGAGGUAACAUCACUGACUGAUGAAAGGAUCAUGGACCUGGAAACACACACACACACACAUACACACACACACACAGGGCCUGGUUCCCACAGAUGUCACGAUCGAGGCACAUUUU